AUGAAAGCCUUCGGCAAGUUGGCGAUUGCCUUCACGCUGCUUGGUGUGUCCUCUGCAACCAACUCGUCAUCGCCUUCUCUUCUUUCGUCUGGGACCGUUGACCUGGGCGACUACCAAGCAGCAUACGACAAAGCGAAGGCCUUUAUUGCACAACUUACCAACACCCAGAAGAUCUCGAUCAUCACAGGAGGCAGCGUGUCCUCCAACUCAUCUAACAGCAGUGUAUCUUGGACUGCACUCACCAACAAGGAUAGUUUUGCCGGCAUCAACCAGCAGUACUAUGUCUCUGCCUUUCCUAUCGGCGGUGCCCUUGCUAUGACGUGGAGUCGAGAGCACUUUGAAGCCGAGGCAAAGGCCAGUGGACGAGAGUUCUACCUUAUGGGUUACAAUCUCAUCAACGGACCUGUGGCUGGACCUUUUGGACGCACUCCUUACGAUGGACGAGUCGCUGAGGGCUUCGCACCUGACCCUUACCUCAACGGCAUCGCCAUGGAGAAAGCUGUGAAGGGCAUGAACUCUGCAGGCGUCGUUACUAUCGGCCGUCAUUUUAUCCUCAACGAACAAGAGACCAACCGUUCUGCUGGCCUAUCUUCAUCCACGACAGCGGUCUACUCGAGCAACGCCAACGACAAGACUAUGCAUGAGCUCUAUCUCUGGCCUUUCGCGGACGGUGUCCACGCUGGAAUGGGUGCUGUCAUGUGUGCUAUGAACUCGGUUAACGGCACAGGGUCUUGCGAGAGCAGUAAGGUCCUCAGUGGCCUCCUCAAGGAAGAACUCGGCUUCCCCGGCCUCGUUCUGCCUGAUGUUGGAUCUCAGACGACAUCGUAUGGCUCUGCAAAUGCUGGUGUCGAUUAUGGCUCGAGUUUAUACUGGAGUUCUGAUAUCCUCAAGGCUGGCAUCGCCAAUGGAUCCUUCACGCAAGAUCGCCUGGACGACAUGGCUGUCCGUAAUGUCAUCGGCUACUAUUUUGCCGAGCUUGACGAUGGCAACCAGCCUUAUGAAGCUGCGACCACCGAAUACCGCGAUGUGCGUGCCAAUCACUCACAGUUGAUCCGUACAGUCGCUCAAGAAUCCCUCGUCUUACUCAAAAACAAGAACUCCGACGGACGCGGUCUCCCUCUACAGAGGCCUCUUGUCAUCAGCUUGUUUGGCGCCCACGCCGGCCCAGGAAUGGCUGGUCCCAACUCCGCCUUCAGCGUCAUGGGCAUGGAUGACCCAUAUGAUGGACAUCUCACUACUGACUGUGGUAGCGGGCAAGGCUCCCUAACCUAUGCUGUCACUCCUUAUGAAGCCCUCUCUGCCCGAGCGCGUGCAGAUGGAAGCAUGAUUCGGUACAUCUUGAAUGAUACCUACACUUCUACCACAAGCUCAGGCUCAGGCACGAGCGGGGGUAAUAUGCCCAGUAUGAGUGGUAACUCGAGCUCUGCUGGCGGAGGCGCUACAGAUAGUGCAAGCUCGAAUUCUUCGAUGAGCAUGGGCGGUGGUGGAGGCGGUGGCGUGAGCAUUAGUGGCAGUGGGACUGCCCUAAGUCCCUCCUACGAGAACUACGCCACCGACUCCGCCGUCUGCAUCGUCUUCAUCAACUCAGCUUCUGGCGAGGGUGCUGACCGCACUGUCCUCUAUCAUACCGACCAAGACACCAUGAUCACCACAGUCGCUUCCAACUGCAACAACACCAUCGUCGUCAUUAAUACUCCUGGCGCCCGUCUUGUCGACGACUGGAUCGAGAAUGAGAAUAUCACUGCCGUUGUGUAUGGCUCCCUCCUCGGCCAAGAAAGCGGUAACGCCAUUACGGAUGUCUUGUAUGGAGACGUCAAUCCGAGCGGCAAACUCAGCUACACCAUCGCCAAGAAUGAAAGCGAUUACCCUGUCAGCGUCUGCUACACGGCGCAGUGCGAGUUCAGCGAAAGUGUGCACGUCGACUACCGUUACUUCGACGCCAACAACAUUACCGUGCGGUAUCCCUUCGGAUACGGUCUCUCCUACACGACAUUCUCCUAUGGCAAUGUCAGUAUUGAGAUCACGAACCAGACCGCACUUGAGUCGAAGUAUCCCACCGGUGUCUUGUCGCUGGGCGGACAGAAGGAUCUGUUCGACGAAAUUGUGACAGUCACUUCAUCUGUCAAGAACACCGGCGAUGUUGCUGGCGCUGAAGUCGCACAGCUGUAUGUGAGCUACCCAACUGCUGCUUCUCAACCUCCAAAGCAAUUGAGAGGGUUCGAGAAGGUUACGCUGCAGCCCGGAGAGGAGCAGAGUGUCUCUUUUGCACUUCGAAGACGGGAUCUCAGCUACUGGGAUGUAGAAGCGCAGAAGUGGGCGAUCGCUGAGGGGACGUAUGGCGUCCACGUUGGCGCCAGCUCAAGAGAUCUGAAGAGCGAAGGGACGAUUGUUGUGUAA